UAUAAAGAGAAGACUUGCUUUCUUAGAUAUUUUGUCAGAUUACAGCACUGGGUCGACAGUGCACCACUCCUUCCCCACCUAUGUGCCAUAUGGUCUGUCCCUGAUGAGAGCGGCUUCGUAAACUGACGAUUAGAGGGUGGACAGACGUAAGCUGGAAUAUACAGGUUUGAUGAAAUGAAAAACAAAUGUGGAUUUUGUGAUAAGAAAACUUUGAGUCUGCGGCUGUGUUCGGCAUGUCAGCAGGUGUAUUACUGUUCCACCGUGUGUCAGAGGGAAGACUGGAAACGUCAGCAUAAGGCCAACUGUAAAGAAAUUCAAAAACGUGAACAAACUAAACAAUUCGAAAAUUCAAAAGGUAUCUUUAAUAUUCCUGAUAUUGGAAGCGCAACCGGUGGAACUUUGUAUCCAUCGGAACCUCUGCAUGGGAUUCCAUUUGAAAUUGAAUAUUUGAGACAAAAGGGAUUGCAUCGCCAUUUUUGUGCGGAUAGGAAAGGAACGGUUCGUGCUCCUUACAGUAGUUGUCAUGUGUGUGGCAAAGCAAGCGAUUCGAUUAAAAUAUGUGCUCGGUGCAAAAAAGGUGAAUUAUUGUUCCAAGAAGUGCCAGCGUCAGGAUUGGAAAAUUCACAAACUACAAUGUAAAGAUCCGGAGGAAGAUGUUUACGAGACCAUAACUACGGAUGGUUAUCGACGAGAGGAAACGUUCGCCUCAGAAUCAGCAAGGUCGACAGGCAGUGGUGCUUUUAAUCGCUGUCGUCAUUUCCCAAAAUUACCAGACCUUUCUCAACGUUCUUAUUUUAAUGCUGGCGCCUUUGAUAAAGUUAAGAGUCUUACUUGGAAGGUUUUUCCGGGCUGCACCAUUUUGGACUUCGUCCGGGAGAUCCCACACGAGCUGUUUGGAAAGAGACCACGUAGUACCUCUAGAGUAGCUGUUGGGUUUAUUUCACGAUAUCACUCAUAUGUGUCGCGACAUUGUAUAUUUUUACAGGACAAAGAUGGAGAUGAAGUAUAUGUGGGGUUUUACUUUGAGCGUGACGAGCCCCGACCUUAUUUCCAGUGGAGUGACGUCGUUCCCGGACGGUACCUGUGUAUAGCUGAUCCGUACAUCCACCAGUUCCUCGACGGCUCCGUAGGCAUCAGGGAUAAGAUAAAUAAGGAGAGGAUGGUCGCCUUCUGCCUGGACCACGACGAUCCCAAUAAUGAAAUACCAUCAAGACAUCUCAUAAAGCUAAAAAGCUUACAAAGAUGUAUAUAACAGCGAAAGAAAGAAAGAAAGAUCCCACUCCUCACUUCCGGUGGCAAGAAAUUACCCCCGGCAUUUACUUGUGCUUGAAGAAUCCGUACAUCCACUUCUUCAUGGAUGGUAAGGCCGGCUUCCGUAUUGACGAUCCUGAAGUCAUCACAG